CGUUGGACCGUCCGUUGCGCGGGAUACAAAUCUUUCCGCACAGUUUCCCUCGUUCGUAACCGCUCAGCUCUUCAAGUUUCUUUGUUUCUUUCGAAUUAUCCAGUCCUCGUAGUGAGUGACGAAAGAGAAACAAUAACAACGACGGCUGGACGGAAAACGAAUUGCGAAAACCGUGAACAGAAAAACCACUACUACCGAUACAUCAUCUAGGUAGAACAACCAACAGGAAGAAGACCAGGUUUUAUCCGAAGCGCGCGCUAUUCGAAAAACCAAUACGCCCAAUCGAAACUGGGGCUUCGCUUUUCGAACAGACGGCGGUUUAUCAACAACGUCUUUGGGAGAAACUCAAAUUACAUCUGACUGUUUCUUCAUCCCAGCCUCCCGUUCAGGAACGUACGGCGACAACAGGAAGAACAUACAAAGAACUUUUUCGUUAAAAGUGACCAAUUGUCACCCACGAAGAUCUCCGUCCAAGGACCCACACUGUAGCAAGAAGCAACGCUGCAUGGGCCCAAGCACAAGUGAUAUUCUUACCUAAUAAUUAAUUUGUAGCUAUACACGCGUUUAUACCGACAGAGCUUAAAAGCGUUAAAAUCGGUCCGUUAUAAUCGAUAAUUGUCGCAGCUACCCAGUUCGGUAAUCUUGUGACGUGAAGUGUGUUCAAAAGGCUUUUCUGCUUUUAACGGUUCAUUGACAAUAAUUACGAAUAAUUACAAAAUUCGAUUGAACUUCAAUAAAAAAAUACGUGCUUCGUUUUGUUAAAAUAAACCAUUUUUGAAGAGAGAAGAUAACAGGGAGGCAAUAGUGUCGCGAGUGUAAAACAGUGCGUGUGUGAAAACAGCACAAUAUGAGAGUGACAGCCGCUGUCAGACAGCAUUCUAUUCAUCUACAAGUGGCUCGAACCAACAAUGGAAAGUUCCUGGUCUGCCCGAACAAUAAUCAGGACAUCAGUCAACAGCCAACGAAUGACGAGACGAACUCGGUGCCAGCAGUUGUCUUCCCUAGUUAUGAACCAUUGCCUACCGAUCAUCAUGGACCUACCAUACUUGGCGAUCGGUAUCUACUUCUUGGACCAGCCGAGGGGAGCGCUCUAUACCGAUGCGUCGAUGUACAUUCUGGUCAACAACUCGUCGCAAAGGCGCUGACCGUAGGCGAUAAAGGUUGCGAAGCACUACUACAAGCUCACCUUCGAUUAGAAGGUACUGGAGCGGCGAGCGGUGUCGCAGGUGUGGUGGAAGCACCUGGAGGUCGACGCUAUCUCCUGUUGGAGGGUCACCACGGUGACCUGCACGCCUACGUAAGGGCGCGCAGGAGACUGCGGGAACCAGAAGCGAGGCGGCUUUUCCGGCAAGCGGCCAGAGCCGUGGCUACGUGUCACGAGUAUGGGGUCGUGCUUAGAGACCUGAAACUCAGGAAAUUUGUUUUCGCCGAUGAAGCAAGAACACGACUUCGUUUAGAAAGCCUGGAAGAUGCAGUAAUCGUUGAAGGUGACAAUGACAAACUGACUGAUCGACGGGGUUGCCCAGCCUAUGUGGCACCGGAAGUAUUACGUUCAGGACGAGCCUAUUCUGGCAAAGCAGCUGACAUCUGGUCACUUGGUGUAUUACUUUAUACAAUGUUGGUCGGCCGUUAUCCAUUUAACGAUGCUGAGCAUGCAUCUCUGUUCGCGAAAAUCUCACGUGGCCAAUUCGCAGUACCAGAAGGUCUGAGUCCACGUGCUCGAUGUCUGAUCCGUUCAUUGCUGAGAAAAGAACCGUCCGAGAGGCCAUACGCGGAGGACGUACCGAGGCAUCCAUGGCUUGCAAAACCAUUACGAGUCUGUACUACAUCUAGCAGGUCCUCAUGUCAGGAUCAAAUUGUACCAGAACUACCUAAUAAUUCUCAAGACUGACUCUUCCGGGAGAAAAAGAUAUAUUCCGCUCGCGCUGGAUCCAGCUUUCUUCGUUAAUUAAUCCUAUUUGGAUGAAAAUUCUGUGAAGAGAGAAAAUUUCGCGUUCCGAAUUAACAUGGCUUUUGUUUCUUAUUUUUAAUCUUUUUUUUUUUGUGUUUUGUUUUAUAUGAUAAUGUAAAAUAGUUAUAGACGCUCGGUUAUAUUGUGUAAAGAAUUGGAGAAAAAAAUGAAUAAAAAUAAAAUUCUUCAUUCUCUUUAUCUGUAUAUAUUAUAAAAAUAGGAAGAAGUACAAAGAUCAAAAUAUAAUAAUUUAGAAUAAUUA